AUGUCGACAACUAUUCUGCUCACGGGUGGUGCGGGUUUCAUCGCCUCGCACGUCGUGCGCUUGCUCGCGGAGAAGUAUCCGAAAUACAAGAUCGUAGUGCUCGAUAAGCUCGACUACUGCGCGAGUAUGAAAAAUCUUGAAAGCACGCGACAUCUGUUAAACGUGGAAUUCAUUAAGGGCGAUAUUCGCUCGGUCGAUCUUCUGAACUUUAUCUUUCAGAAGAACACCAUCGACGUGGUUUUACAUUUCGCCGCCCAAAGUCACGUGGAUAACUCUUUCGGGAACUCGUUCGAGUUCACGAAGAAUAACGUAGAAGGCACGCACGCGCUAUUAGAAGCGACGAAACGCGCGGGGACCGUCACGCGGUUCGUACACGUAUCGACCGAUGAAGUGUACGGUGAAAGUUCUUUUGAACACGAUUCGUCCAACACGGAGCACGCGUCGUUGUUAGCGCCCACGAAUCCGUACUCCGCCACGAAAGCCGGCGCAGAAAUGCUCGUCAUGGCGUACGGACGUUCGUACGGAUUGCCGUUCAUAAUCACGCGCGGGAACAACGUCUACGGCCCGAACCAGUAUCCAGAGAAGGCGAUUCCAAAGUUUUCAAUUCUCGCGGCGACUGGUCAAAAAAUUUCCUUGCACGGCGAUGGUCUCGCCACGCGGUCGUACAUGCACGUGGACGACGCCGCCGCGGCGUUUGACUGCAUCUUGCAUCGCGGGACCGUGUCGCACGUCUAUAACAUAGGCGCACACGAAGAGCGCACGGUGUUGUCUGUCGCUCGGGAUAUCUGUGAAAUAUUGCGUCGUGAUCCCACGGAAACCAUCACGCACGUUCGCGACCGCGCGUUCAACGACAGGCGAUAUUUCAUCGACUGUUCAAAACUUCUCGCUCUCGGUUGGACACAGCGAGUGUCGUGGGAAGAAGGUCUUCGAAAGACUGUCGAAUGGUACUCGACGGAAGAUUUACGGUCGUUCUGGGGUGACUUUGCUCCGGCGUUAACGCCGCAUCCAUCCCUGACGAUUACUCAUUCUUCUACGAGUCUUCAUACUCUCGCCGACGUGAACGAUGCGUGUGCGCCCGAAGAGCUCGUGGAUGAAAAGUCAACGCCCGCCGUGACGUUUCUCAUUUACGGGAAAACGGGUUGGAUCGGUGGGAUGUUGGGUCGUUUACUCGCGGAUCGCAAACUUGCAUACUUUUACGGCGCCGCGCGUUUGCACGACGGAAAAGGCGUUCAAGAAGACAUCGACCGUUGUCGUCCCACUCACAUUUUGAACGCCGCUGGAAUCACGGGGCGUCCAAACGUCGACUGGUGUGAAAGCCACAAACGCGAGGUCGUGCAGACGAAUGUCCUGGGAACACUGAACCUCAUCGACAUCGCGCGUUCGCGAGGAAUCCACGUCACCAAUUUCGCGACGGGGUGCAUUUAUUCCUACGACGACGAACACCCCGUCGGCGGACCGGGUUUCACCGAGACGGACGUCGCAAAUUUCCGAGGGUCGUAUUAUUCAAACACGAAAGCCAUGGUCGAGGAAUUGAUUCAACAGUACGACAACGUCUUGCAGUUGCGCCUGCGGAUGCCGAUUGACGACGACUUGCUCAAUCCUCGAAACUUCAUCUACAAAAUCGCCAACUACGAGAAAGUGGUUGACGUACCGAACUCGAUGACGGUUUUGAACGAACUCGUCCCUCUCGCGAUCGAUGGAGCGCUGAGGAAACUCACCGGAAUUUACAAUUUCACAAACCCCGGCGUCGUAUCUCACAACGAAGUCUUACAACUGUACCGAGAGUACUGCGACGGCGAAUUUACGUGGGAAAACUUUACGCUCGAGGAACAGAGCAAAAUUCUCGCGGCUCCGCGAUCGAACAAUAUGCUCGACACGAAAAAGCUCGAACAGACGUUUCCUGGUUUGUUGGACAUCCGAAGCGCCCUCAUCAAACACGUCUUUGAGAUCAACCGGGCGCGCGGUACUCGUAUCCCAAUUAGGCGCUGA